CUUAAAUUUGCUAAAAUGGAGUCCCAACUUCAUGUCGAACAGGGUCCUCUAAGAGGGAACAUUCUUCAUUAUAUUUUUUCCUUCUUAGACGUGGCAAAUAAGCAAAUUGUGGCCCAAGUUUGCCGCUACUGGAAGGACAUUGCGUAUGCCCCAACGCAGUGGCAAGAAAUCACUGCUAUUCUGCCUUACAGUCCAUCGGAAUCCUUGAUAAUAGGCCUCAAAAACCGCCAGGUUACUCGCGUUAGCUGUUCUCGGUCGACUGAUGAAGAGUUAUCUUUUCUGUUUAGCCAAGUACCUGGUCUGACUUACCUCAAGAUCGACGAUUCAAGACGAAUAAGCCAUGAACUACUGGAGAAGAAUUUGACCGCCCUAACAGGACUUGAACAUUUACACAUUAGUAAUUGUCCUCAAGUAAGUCUGGAAAGACUCUACUUAAAUAAAUCAUUUGCCAAGGUACUGAAGAAACUAAAGAGUUUGAAAUUACCUAGAAAAAUUUCUCCAAGCGAUUUUGGGAAACUGGUUUCCAAACUGAAGAAUCUUGAAGAACUCGAUUUGUAUUGCAUUGGUUUUCUGAUGAGGCAAUGGAAAAAGCUGUUCAAAAGAGACACAAUCGAACUCGUAGCUGAUAAUCUUCCUAAUUUAGAGUCUUUGCACUUUGAACAUAUUCAGUAUUUGAGCCACAGCACUGUCACCUAUGUUGCUAAGAAUCUUAAAAAGCUCAAGAAUCUAUCUUUUAGUGGGAUACAAUCCCAAGGAAUGACCUGCCCUUAUGGGUUCGGCUACAGGGAAGAUGAAGAAGAGGACUCCAACGAGCUGGAUAUGAUGAUUAAGGAACUUUGCAAACUGAAAGAUCUAGAAAGCCUGAAGUUUGAAGUUUCUGGAGAUGAGAUCUCUGAAUCAGAAAUCCUACGUCUUGUUCGAAAUUUACCAAAACUGAAGGAGCUGAAAAUAAAGGCUAUCAGCAAAAUAACAGCCAAACAUGCAAACCAAAUAGCAAACUUUUUGCCUAAUCUAAGUAUUGAAUACUGUACGGGAGGAAAGAGAAUCAACGACAAGGAUCUACAAGUGAUGUCAUCUGGCCUUAAUAACUUGAAGUCCCUGACUUUACAGAGCAAUCCUGGAAUAACAGAUUCUGGAAUGCAAUACAUUGCAAAUUUCAAAUCCCUGACUACUUUAUUUCUCAAUGGAAAAGUAGGUGAUGCUGGUGUUGCAGUGCUUGCAAAGGGUCUUCCACAGCUUCAGAACCUUAGUUUCUUAGGCUGUCGUCAGAUUGGUGAUGCAGGUGCAAUAAUGAUAGGAAAACAUCUGAAAAAACUCCAAUGCUUGAGUGCACAAAAGACCAAGAUUGGUGAUGAAGGAUUUUCUUUCAUGUGCCUUAAUCUUCCAAAACUGAGAAGCUUGGAUGUAUCUUACUGUCCAAUAACUAACCAGGGGAUUAUUGAUGGAGCUGUUGGCCUUGGCAACCUUAACUCACUAGAAAUAGGAAGUCAGAAAAUCUCAAAUGAUGGAUUCCAGAAAUCAGCCAAGUUCUUAAAGGGCCUGACCUACCUGAGGAUUGUCAAUUGUCACCUAAUAAACAAGGAAGGAGUGAUUUCUAUGCUUGAGGACCUUCCUAGUUUGAUGUCAUUGACAUUCUCAGGUUGUGGAUACAUGUGCAUGCAGGAAAGGCUUGUACAGCCACUGUGUGAUGCUGCGGGGGUAGAUCUCACAGUAAUUGAUGUGGAAUAAACUAAUACUAAUAUUAGAGUCAGCAAAGGGGGCGGCUAGGCAGCCUCAUAUUUUUUAUAACCAUCUAUGGUCCCUCCCUUAUCUUUUUCAAAUUUUACAGAAACUUUUUAUUGCAGAAACGAUUUAUUGCAUUUCAGUUGCCUCAUCCCCUCCAUCCUUACAUUAUUUCUACCACUUACCUGAUAACUAAGACUGUAACCAAUGAAAGAAACUGCUAACUCUAAACUCUCAAUGUAUCCCAACAAGGUGCCAGUCUGGUAGGUAAUGAUGUUGGGUGAUUGUCACACCAUACUAUUUAUCUUAUCAAACCAUAUAGAUAUUAUUCAUAGCAUUUGCUAUCAUUAUAAAGGUAUUUUUAGAUUCUUAUUACAAAAAAUAUU